UCGUCCUCGCCGCCAUUCGCAAGCUCUCUGCUUCUCCUUCCCGCUCUCGUCCCAAAACCUAAUUCUCGAGAUCGAGAGAUGCUUGCGCGAAGGCUGAAAUCUCUAUUCCACACGUCUUCCAGGCUUCGUGAUCGUCCUCUUUCUCCUCAUUUUCUAAGUUGGUUGUACACUUCGUCGGAGCAGGCUGGCAGGAAGAGCUCGUUUAGGCGGAAGGCAGUGCCGAUCGUGCUGAUAAGCUUGACGGGAGGCGUUGCACUCAGUGCCCUCAAUGACCUAGCCAUUUUUCAUGGCUGCAGCUCAAAGGCAAUAGAGAGGGCUAGUCAGAAUCAGAAAGUUGUCGAGAUUCUUGGUGAGCCAAUUGUCAGAGGUCCUUGGUAUGAUGCUUCUCUUGCAGUCGGGCAUAGGAGGCACUCUGUAUCUUGCACAUUUCCUGUGACUGGGCCACUUGGUUCAGGCACCUUUCAAUUGAAGGCUAUUCGGAAUGGAGAGGACACUUGGUUUUCAUUUCUACGACACCACGACUGGGACAUACUAUUAUUGGAAGCUCUUGUCCAUCGCCCUUCCAACGAUGACAAAGAUCAAACACUACGAAUAAGUAUUGCAGAUCAAAUGGCAUCACCACCUCAGAACUAGCACUUGGAGUGCACGGACUGCAAACUUCCUGCUCCUAAAACCUCAUAAAUAUGAGUUAUUUUUUGCUUGUCAAAGCUCUCCAGAAAUUUCAAUUUUCAGCCAUCUGUUUAUAGAAUAAAAGUACAUACCAGAAUGAUCAACUGUUUUUCUGUCAUUCAACCUAUUCACAUACCCGCAUCCAGUGAAGAAAUGAACUUUUUCAUGAGUUUUAUUGAAAAGAAAAAAAAGAAAAAGGGUAAUGAAGAGUUUGAUCUCUCUAAACUAACUCGGUUUAUGUAAGUUAAAACUUAUUGAAAAAGGUUUGCCAAUUAAAUUCAA